AUGCAACAAGUGCAGAAGUUGCAAAACUUCGCUGUCAAGGUUGCAGUAGGCGAUGCCAAGAAAUACGACCAUGUCACACCUCUUCUCAAAAAAUUAGAAUGGCUGAAAAUCAAACAGAAAUGUCAGCUCGAACCAGCACUUCCUGUCUUCCUCAUACGUGAACCCGUGGGCGUGGUGAACGUCCACGGCGAUGAGCUCCCCCUGGUGUCGUCCCCCCACCCCCGCCUGGCGUCCCCAACGCAAGCCUCGUCGUCCUCGCCAGCCUCCCCGGGCUCCCUCCCCUCCACCCCGCUGACGGCCGUGUCCACGACCACGAUGGAUGAAGUCCCCAGCCCGCAGGCCUCUGGCUUUUCCCCCCGGAGGGACCCUAGCAGGACGUCGAUGCCCCCCGUGAGUCCGUCGGCGUCAGCGUCCGACAUAGCGCUGCCCCUGAGCGGGCAGUCACGGCCCUUGUCCGCCCCUCACGCCGCGGCCGCCAAGGAGAACGCCGCCGCCGCAAGCUCGCAUUCCACCACGAUCCAGGUCGUGUCUAGUCCUCAGUCCCGCGUCGCCAGCCCGCGCCACUCGCUCGCCAGCCAGCAGUCCCUGGCGAACAGCUCUCAGCACUCGCUCGCCAGCUCCACCCUCGCGAACGUCAGUCCCCGCGGACAGUCGGCUCGCACCCCUUUCCCUCAGCCCGAGAGGGGGCCGUCCAGUCAGCCGGUCAGUCCCCAGCGUGUGAUCGUUAGCCCCCAGCUCCCGCCAGUCAGUCCUGCAGGCGUCACUGUGGUCCAGGGGUCACGGCCGACAUCCGUCGUGAGUGUGUCGGGGGCGCCGCUCCCCUUGCGGAACUCGGUGCACUCUACGCCGGGCACGCCCUCGCCCACAGAGCAAGAGAGCAAGGGCGUCGUGGUCGUGGUCGGAGGCCCUAGCCAGAGCGACCUGACCCACCGGGACGCGAGUCACCUGAGCCAACAGAGCCUAAGUCAGCACGACCUUCAGACCAGCUUACUGGACGAAGUCGUCCACUUCAGGUCGUCGAUCUAUCCUCCUCGGGGCCCAGGCACGGGGACGACUUCCUCCACCUCGACGACCUCGACGACGACCACCAUCCCCGUGAGCGACUUCACCUCCCCCCUUCCCCCUCGAGCCGUGGAGCGCGACGAGGUGGCGGCGCCGUCGCCGUCACAGCAGAAGCGGAAGACGAGCACGACGCCGCGGAAGUCCGCCUCCAAGCGCGGCGGCGACGGCAAGCGCGCCACGCACGAGAAGAGCAAGUCCGUGACCAUCGUCGUGAACGACCAGCACGUUACAUACUCCAACACGGCUAGCACGUACACGACUACAGCGGCAGGCGGGCACCGCCACAACGGCAGCCUAACGAACGGCGACCUCGCGGGCCUCCACGCGCCCAACGGCGAGGUGGUGGCGGUGAACGGGCACGCGCUCACCAAGGGCGACCUCGGCGGCGACUCCACUAGGCCGUCCUCCGCCGCCUCGACGGCGGGGGGCACCAAGGUUGACCCGGACAUACAGGUGCGCCCCCUCGUAGGCUGGUGGGGCGAGGGGGGCAGCGCCGGCUCCGUCCUCGAAGACACAGCCUCCUCCGACGAGUGCCACCGGUCCACGCUCACGCUCGUCCACUCGCCGGCGCGCACUCUGUCCAGAGCCGUGUCAAUCAUACUUUACCUGAGCGGGGAGACGGGCGGCGGCGUGGGCGGCGAGGAGUGCGGCGAGGCGUGGAGCAGCGUGGUCUCGGGCGUGUGUGGCGUGGCGCUCGUCGUGGGCGCCGCCUCCGUGCUCCGGCUGCCGCGCCUGAUCUACCAACACGGCGCAGGGAGUUUCCUAGCUGCUUGGUGCGCGGCGCUGCUGCUGGUGGCCUCGCCGCUGGCCUACCUGGAGGCCGGCCUCUCGCAGUUCAGCAGCUCGUCGGCGCUGGCGGUGUGGCGCCUCAUCCCCAUCGCCAGAGGUGUUGGCUGGUCGACAGUGGUGGUGUGUUUCUACUGGGCGGCGGUCGUGCUGGGAUACCUGGCGCCCGCAUUGCAUUAUGUCCUGCUGGUGAUUCAGCCAGAGAUCUUGGAGGGUGUGGUGUCGCCACAGUGCAGUGAGAGCACCCAAAAUUCCAGUAGUGGGGACUGGGCUGUGGAUUACUAUAGAGUGUGUGUGUAUGACCUGCCAGAAACCUGGGAUAGCAACUUCACCCUGGAUCUGACCUGGCCCUUACCUGUUGCCGUUGGUGCUGCAGCCCUCGUGUCGGCAAUCAUGGCUGCAUGUGCUCCUCGUGGCUUGGCAGCACUGACAGGUGUUACGUCAGUUAUGGCAGUACUUGGCUCAUCCUUGCAGCUGGGAGUAGGCCUCACAGAGGUCCUGAGUCGAGACUUCAUGGCCUUGUGGGAGCAGGCAGAACCCUUCCUCAUGCCUCAAGUGGAUGUCCUACUGCAGCCUCGGGUUUGGUGUGCUGCAUUAGCACAUGUUUUACUUUCUCUUGGCCUGGGCAUUGGUCUGCUCAUGAACUUCUCAGCCAGAGGUGCUUUCCGGUUUACCUUGAGACGGCACUUGUGGGGAUUGGUGAUAUUGUUGGCAGUGGUAACAGCUCUGGUAUCAGCAGUGACAGUGAUCCAGCUCACUCUACUAGCUGAUGACCGAGGGCUAGAGCCAGGGCAAGCUCUGGAAGUCAUUAGUAACAGAACAUUCUAUGAAGACACAACUGAGCUGGAAAUUGUGGAAGGAGUUGGAAUGGCAGUGGGCACAGCAAUGGUAACAGCCUCCCACCUAUUGAGUGUGUUUCCUUUCCCCUUCAUGUGGCUGCAGCAAGGGGUCUCCACUGUGGUCUUCCUUGGACUGUGGUGUAGUGGUGUUACAACAGUCACAAUCUGUAUUCAUGCACUGAUAGCAGCCAUGCGAGAUGCUUGUGACUGUCUUCCAAGUGCUGUCUUGGCCUUCUUGAUAGCACCUGUAGUUGUAGGAGGUGCAUUGCCCACCUCUUUCAAGAGUGGAUCUGCCAUAGUAAGCUUAUUGGAUGUCGAUGUACUGACAAAGGUUGUGUUGUGGCCACCUCUCACUUUGACACUUGCAGUCACAGCUGUGUAUGGGAUACACAAAGUUCGCAAAGACUUCACCUUUAUGCUUGAGGCAACAGUGUCUUGGCUCUGGGCACCAGUAUGGGGUGUGUUCAUCCCUUUGACACUUCUGGGUGUUGUUGUAUGGUCAUGUGUCAUGGACAGCCAUCAUGUUGCUGUCAUUGAUGGACCUGCUUGGCGAAUUGCAGUUGUGUGGGGACUUCGUGCACUGGUCCUGCUACCUGUUCCUAUCACUGCUAUUUAUGUUGUAAAAUCACAGCUUGCAUACGGCGUAAAAGAUAAAGUGGCAUCAUCACUGCAGUCAUCACGAGAAUGGGGUGACUGGGGCCCACAAGACCCCAUUGAACAUCACAACUGGCGAAGAUGGAGAGAAGAUGAGACACGCCCUAUCACUUCCCUCAAACGACGCUUUGCCAACCGACCUCUGACCUACACGCACUCCACCCUCAGCAGCGAGUCCUCAUCCACACUAACUCGCCUCAGAAAUAAGUAUCAGAGGAAUGGCACGGCAAGCGUUCUCUGACCUCAGUAAUCCAAAUAUUUCACUAAUAUAUAUUCACAUUUAUUUUAUUUUUAUCUUUCAGUUUAUCUAUUGUUGAUAGCUAAUGAUUUCCUUUCUUUGUUAUUGUUUUGUACUAACUCUUACGUGUAUGUAGCUGGUCUGUGUUCUUUCUUUUUUGUUUUAUUUGCACUGUUUUCUCGUCAUGAUUGUUUUGCUUUGUUGUUCCUUUUUUGUCAGAUUGUUUGUAUUUGUAUUUGAAUUUUAUGCCUUUCUGAGUUGUUUCCUUUGAUGCAGAUAUUUUUGAGAUGAUUAGAGACGAGGUAUUUACUUAAAUACUUUGUGUUUGGAGUUUAGGCAUUUUUUUAUUAGGGGGUCCUUAUUUUCUUUAAACAUUUUUUUACAAUUUCUCUAUGAAAUAUGUAUCUUGGCUAAAUAAACAAACAAACAAAAUUUUAUGUAAAUUGUGAGAAAAUAGUGUUCAGGUAGCAAAUUUGCUCCACAAAUCAUUGAUUGAAUUGAUGUUUGGUUCACAUCACGGAAAUGAUGCAGUCCUAUGAUAAGGUUGUAAAAGCAUAAACACUAUAACUUUUGUCUGUUUGCAGAUCUUGUCAAAGCAUAAAGUUGUGUCUUAAGUCUCAAAAUAAAGGCCUCUGGUCAUGAUAUGCAUUUGUUGCUCUUUUAAACAGUAUCUAGUAAUCUAGAGUAGUUACAUGUGUAUUUGUAUAUUUUUCCAAGAAAAGAAAACAUUCCCAGACUUUGAAAAAAUAUAUUAAUGAUGAUAUUUUGGUCAUUUAGUGUGACAGUCAUGGAUGAGAGAGCAUAAGGAACAAAAAAAUUAAUAUAUAUCUUAACUUCAAAAGUAAUUUUGAUGUAAUGUGCUUCAAUUCAACUGUGUUCAAGAAAUAAAUAGAAGCUGAAAGAUGUGUGUUUUGCUUUAUGUCUGGCUAUUGCAAAUACUGGUAUUGCAUCAAAUUGAAAACAAAAUAGAUAAAUUGUGAAAUAUAUGAUAUUUAACAUGAUUAUUUUCUUUUCUGGACUAUUGAAAAUAUCUAUAUUUGCUAAGGCAUUAAGUGAAAGACCAUAUUUCACCUUUCUGUUUAAAUAAUCUAUAUCAGUUGGAGAUUAGUAUAUAUGAUAUUUUCUUGUGUCUUUAAGUAUUUGCCUUUUCUACAAAACAAAGGCUUUUCUGUGGUUUGGUGUGAAGAGAGAGGCCUGCAUUUACUUCUAAUUAACAUGAUAUUUAUGUGAUAUAUAUUGCAAAUGUAUGCAUGACCAAAUUCAUCUCAGCUUUAAACUUAAAUAGUAAUAUCCUCUAGAACUGUGAUUGAUUUCUCAGUGUUAGAAUAUUUCAGAUCUACACAGAGCUACAUUAUUACCACAGGUUUAUAGUGUCUUUAGAAUUAAUAUUAAAUCAGAUUACUGCUAAAAUCAAAAUCAUUCACAAGUCAGCACUGUAAUUAGGCCUAUCAUGUCAGUAGAGUUUGAUGUAGCAGAUAACAAGUGCUGAGGUGAAUUUGAUAUCUUUAAUGUAUGCUGAAAUUGCUUUUGUCUAUUAGACGAAAGAGUGAAGUCACUUAAUGAUUCUCAAAGGAAUAAUGAUAUACUAAAUACUAGAUCUAUUUCUUUCAUUUUUCCAUGCAGGACUUGAAAUGUUACUCAUCAUUGACUCUUCACUGGGAAACAAAGAACCCAAAUCACUCUAAGACAAUGAAUGUAUUGAACUGAAGUACUAAAGUGCCAGUUAAUAUCUCUUUGAUAUUUUACAUUUUCCUCCAAAUGAAAAGUAUAUUGUAUGUUUAUCAUAGGGAUGAUCUCUCCUAGAUAUGAAAACAAGUCUCCUGUAUUGCUGGUUGAUACAGAGGGACACCUGUAUAGUUUGCUUCUGCUUGCAGUGUUGUUGUUUCUUCUUUCUCAAGUUCAUUUUUGCUACAGUAAUUUGAGAGGAGGGUAUUGACUAUGUAUAUAUUAGUUUAUGUCAGCAUGUUCUGUUUGCAUCUGCUCUUGUAAAUAAUGGUAUGUGUAUAUAUGAAAUACAAAUAUGUCUGUUACAAAAUGUUACUUGGUCAUAAAGCUUUCACUGUUCA